AUGCAAAUUUCAGAACGUGUCAAAGACGAAGCGAUUGAAAGCCGCCUCCGCCCAUCUCGUCCUUCCCUACCAUCUCAACUCCCUUCUCAAGAUGACGCGGUUGUCAGCAACAUCUUGAAAAAGCGAGGCAUCGUCGCCAAGUUUGCGAGGGAGCAGGUGACGGAUCAGGAUAUUGAGCGACUAAAACCCGGUCAAUGGUUGAACGACGAACUCAUCAAUUUUUACGGUGCUAUGAUACUUGCACGGUCUGAUGGUUGCAAAGAGAAUUCACCGACGAACGGGCAAGGGACGCCGCUAAAUGUGCACUUCUUCAGCACUUUCUUUUGGACAAAGCUCACCAAAGAGGGCUACGAGAAAGCACGACUUGCAAAAUGGACAAAGAAAAUUGACAUCUUCUCCAAAGACGUCAUUCUGAUACCUGUGAACCACAAUAAUGCUCACUGGACCGCUGGAGCCAUAAACCUCCGAAAAAAGCGGAUAGAGUCGUAUGACAGCAUGGGCAUGGCGAAAGAGCAGGUUUUCAAGCACUUGCGAGCAUACCUCGAUGCUGAGCACCGUAACAAGAAGAAAAAAGAGUUUGAUUUCACCGAUUGGGAAAACUGGGCACCAGAUGACACACCUCAACAAGAGAAUGGGUACGAUUGUGGGGUUUUUACUUGCCAGUUCCUGCAGGCUCUUUCCCAAGGGCGAGAUGACUUCAUUUUUACCCAGAAAGAUAUGCCGUACCUUCGCCGGCGGAUGAUUUGGGAGAUUGGUAACGCUAGGCUUCGAGAUGAUUAA